AGAGUAUUAGUUAGUUUCUAUAUCAAUCGCAAUUUCGACUGACCUAUUUGUUUUUCGAAGGUCAUAACUUCACUUAUGAUGUUGGAUUCGGUACUUCGGUUAAUUUCUUUUUUUUUUUGACUUAUUGACCGUUUCUAAUUUGUGACACCUCAUUUUAGCCUUUAUAUUGGUUAGCAAACCAUCCCCUUAAUUUAAUUUAAAUAACAUAUUAACCAUUAUAUUUUGGCGCGAACCAUUUGAAAUAAUACUAGACAUUUUUUGAACUUAAUAUAAUAAACUUUGAGUAUUCUGUUUUUCCCGCAUUUUACAACCACUCUUUAAGAUUUGAAGUUCCAUUUACCUAGGCCUUUCAGUUCUCACCAUUGUAUCCAUUUCUCACAAACAUACCUUCUUGCCUCGUGGUAUUUGGCUUUGCAGUCUAUUCUCACAAGAGGUGUCCAUUUUUAUACAUGAAACUCCUAAACAUAUCUUUACAUCAACAAAGUCUUAUGAUGAGCCAGUAAAAACACGUACGAACCACCACAUACUCACACACAUUGUAUUUGCCCUCUUAAUAACUCACAACUACACUGUUAAAUUAAGUCUGAUCUCUUAAUAAAUCCACUAAUAAAUCCCUAGAAAGUAAAUUAUCUAAGUUUUGUCGAUUUCGAAAAAUAGGGAUUUCAUAUUAAUGUUUUACUACUUUUUUUUCUUCAUACCGAGUAUUAUUUUCAACAAAAGCAUUUCAACAUUUUAUCUAUUUAAAGAUGACAAAUCUUGUGAAGAUUUUUCUAUUGAAAAAAUUAUCUUCCUCGCCAAUGAGACUGCGCGUGAACUUGCACGCUCGCACAUAUUCUCUUUCGCAAUAAACACCUACAAGUUACGAUUGCUUUGGCUUUAACUACCAUUAUACUCUCAAUGCCUCAUAGAUCUUUUUCUGUUUAUAUGACAACUCAUUUGAUAACACUAUGAUUCUCUAAUUUUCAUAUACAUCCAAGAAUUAAGAGCUAGAGAGCGUUGGUUUUUGACUAUUCUUAGCUUAAGGUUUAUUGUGUGAAGAGAUCUUCAGAUUUUAUUAAUACACAACCUCUGACACGUUUUGCUCAUAAUCUCAGUCUUUUAAAAACAAAAUGUAUCUCUUCUUCAGUUUCCACUCCCCAAGAAUCUAUAUAAGAGCCCCCUUCACAACACCAAAGAUCACAACAACAAAACCUAGUAGAGCUCUUGAGGGAAAUGGAUAAGUUGAGUGUUAUCGUUAAGGGAGACCAUCAAGUGAAUGAAGAGAAGCCUCCACCACGAGUGUGUCCAAGGUGUAGCUCAGACAACACCAAGUUCUGUUACUACAACAACUACAGUGUGUCUCAACCUCGCUACAACUGCAGGAACUGUCGCCGAUUCUGGACCCAUGGUGGAGCUUUAAGGGACAUACCAAUUGGUGGAAGGGCCCGUAAAAUCAAGCGUACAAGUAUAGAUCAGCCAUCUGUUUCUCAGGUGGCUUCUGUUAUCCAACAGGUUAAUCAUCACCACCCUUUCUCACAUGUUCGAGAAACCAACGAGUUUCUUGAACCAUUUUGUGGUUCUUCUUCUUCUGUUGCUGUUGGGAACCAUUUCAGUUCUUUGCCUGAAAUUCAUGGUGAUAUGGUGUUUCCAAUUCAAACUAUUCCACCAAUGGAUCGCUUUGAUCUCUUUGAUGGAUCGUUUAACCAAGGUUAUUACGGUGUUGGAUUCAAUGAUAUGGUUGGUAAUCCUUUGAUGAACCAAUCAAUCGGUGGACAUGUUGAUAACUAUAACAGUUAUCGCGUGAACCAAGAGAAUCCAAACAAGCGAAACCAGAGCUUCAACAACAGCAUGAACAUGAAUCAUAAUGCCAGCACUAGUGGAAGCAGAGGAUAUCCAGGCAUUGAUCACAUGACCAACAACAACAACAAAGACAGGAACAAGUGUGUGUUUAGUUCCUCCUAUCAUUUGGAGAAGUAUGGUCCUUGAAUCAUAACCGUUUUACCCGUUAUCUCUUUUUAUUAAGCUAAUAAUGGUUCAGUUUUUCGUUUAUGUUUUCUGUUGGGUCUUCUUGUUUUAUUAGUUCUGUUGGGUCUUUUAUUUCAAUCUUAUAUAGUUCUAAAAGUUUGCAUCUUUGUUUACUUAAGAUCAGACCUAAGUUAUAUGUCUGGUUUUUUAAUAAAAUAAAUAGUUAAUCA